AGGCAGCAAAAAAAACUUCAGGUCAAUAACUGAAAACUUCGAUGAGGUAGGAGGUGGGGACCGAAGAGCCGAGGGAGGGACUACAAGUACAAGUUAGUCGACAAUUUCUACACAUCGCUGUCUUCGCCACUCACCGAAAGGAUCUAAAAUACUUCUCCUCUAAGGAAAUUGAUCCUCAUCAGCCAUGGGUGUAGAGGGGGGAAUGAAAUGUGUGAAGUUCCUGCUUUUCUUUUUCAACUUCAUCUUCUGGAUAUGCGGUCUAGCGUUGAUCGUGGUGGGAAUCCUGGUUCAGAUGGCUCUGCACAAGACCUUCAUGAUCCGUGAUGUGACAGCCUCAGGAGGUCCCAUCGUCCUCAUUGUUGUCGGUGUGGUGAUUUUCUUCAUCGCCUUCUUUGGCUGCUGUGGAGCCUGGAAAGAGAACUACUGCAUGGUCACAACGUUUGCCGUCCUUCUCACACUGAUCAUCAUUAUUGAGAUUGCAGCAGCAAUCGCUGCAUACGUCUUCAGAAACAAACUCUCAGAUGUCGUCCAGGAUAGCCUCACUGAAAUGAUUUCCAAUUACAGCAACAGCUCAGCUGAAUUCAGAGACACUGUGGAUCAUCUGCAGAAGGAUUUGAAAUGCUGCGGUGUUAACAAUUCCACUGACUGGAGGAACUUUAAGCCUGACAAAAACUCAGUGCCUGACUCAUGCUGCAGGAACGUCACCACAAACUGUGGAUCUGGGACCAUGACAGACGCCACCAAAGUGUACCAGAAGGGUUGUCAUGAUGCCAUGGAGGCUUUACUGAAGAAAAACAUCCAGUGGGUCAUAGUUGCAGCUCUCGUUAUUGCUUUCCUGCAGAUAAUGGGCAUUGUGUUCGCCUGCUUGUUGAUGAGAGGCAUCCGCAGCGGCUACGAAGUCAUGUGAUUCAGCUUCACACCUGAAUAGGAGCUGGCUGUUCAGGUCAAACUCUUUGGGAGCUUUCAUUUGGAAACUUUAAAACACGUUCAUCUUCUGAGUUCAUCUUUCAGAUAUAAAGCACAGAAUUUAUUUUCCCUUGUAAUGAUUUGGAAUUAUAUUUUCAUAGGUUAUCAAUAUCUCUGCUUUGAUACUGUGCAUGUGUAGGAAUGCAAAAAUGGUAGAAAAGGUUAAUGUUUUAUUGUCAGUGUAUGUUCUUGUUGGUUUCGAGGAAUUGUAACAUCUUUUACUUUGCUUGUUCUGGUAGAGACUUUGGAUCUGUUUUGGCAUUGAUUGUUUAUUUUUUUGCUGGUUUUUGGCAGUUUCUAUUUUUAUUAAAGUCUCUUUAAAUUA